AGGGGGGGCAGGGAGGGCAGGGAGGGCAGCUGAGCUGAGCGGGUCGGUGGGUAUAUUAGUGUGGGAUCUGGACAGUGGGGUCAGGGAGAGAGUUAAUCAGUCAGACAGUGGGCGCUGGUUAGUGAGCUGGUGGUUAGUGAGCUGGUUAGUGAGCUGGUGGGAUGUCAGAGCAGGAGGUGGUGUCGGGUCGGGAGGAGCAGCGCUGCCCCGGGGCCCCGCCUGAGGCCCAGGCGGACUGCAGGAGCUCACCCGGGGCCGAGGAUUAUGUAUUCUACAGAGACAGAAAAGAAUGGGCUGAUAUCGAUCCCGUUCCACAGGAUGAUGGACCAAAUCCAGUUGUUCAGAUUGCUUAUUCUGAGAUCUUUCAAGAUGUAUAUGAUUACUUCAGAGCUGUCUUGAAGCUUGAUGAACGGAGUAAUCGAGCAUUUAAUCUGACGACGGAUGCAAUUGAGCUGAAUGCUGCGAAUUACACAGUUUGGCAUUACCGUCGAGUUCUCUUGCAAUCUUUGAACAAGGAUCUGGAAACAGAAUUGAUUUACAUCUCGGAUAUUAUUGAGGAGCAGCCCAAAAACUAUCAAGUCUGGUAUCACAGACAGAAGAUUGUAGAAUGGUUGAAAGACCCUUCACAGGAACUUGACUUUACUUCUGGGAUCCUCAAACAAGAUGCAAAGAACUACCAUGCCUGGCAACACAGGCAAUGGGUAAUUAAGGAAUACAAGCUGUGGGACAAUGAGCUGGACUAUGUGGAUCAGCUCCUGGAGAAAGAUGUGCGGAACAAUUCAGCAUGGAACCAGCGUUACUUCGUCAUCUCAAACACCACGGGCUACAGAGACCCCGAAGUCCUUGACCAAGAAGUCCAGUACACCUUGAAGUUAAUAAAAAAAGCUCCUCAUAAUGAAAGUGCUUGGAGUUACUUGAGAGGAAUUCUGCAUGAUCUCUGUCUAUCCACGUACCCUCAACUGUUGAAUCAAAUCCUGGAACUGCAGCAGAUGACUAGUUCCCCUUACUUAUUCGCUUUCCUGGUGGACAUGUACGAAGACUUUUUAGAGAACAACUGUGAGAACAAGGAGGAGAUUCUAGCCAAAGCACUGGAGCUGUGUGACUUGUUGGCUACAUCAAAAGAUACCAUCCGCCAGGAAUACUGGAAAUACUUUGGUCGAAGCCUGAAAAUCAAGUAUGGCGCUAAUAAAGAGGAUAUUGAACCAAUUGAAAAGGAGGAUAUUGAGCCAAUUGAAAAGGAGGACAUUGAGUCUACUGAAAAAGCAGACAGUGAGUCAACUGAAAAGGACCUACCUCUUGAACAUAGCUAUAAUAACUAAAGACCAUUGCUGUAGUCUGCAUUACCCGGUAUGGAGAGCGAACAAAAUUGUGAUCAAUAUGUUUUUUGAUGGAGUUGUUAACAUUCAUAUUUAAGCUUCUCUCAACAUCAGCUACUUACCAAUCCUGUAUGUGCAAUUUGCUAAACAUUCUGUUACCUUUUUGUAAAUAUUAUUAUUUUUGUAGCACGAAGACUGGACUAAGUAACAACUGUAAAACCACAUUUGGUCACUUUGUUUGCUUCUGAAUGUAUACAUACAAAAUAAACGGAGAGGAAGCUGAAUGAGUUCUGUUUGCUUUAUUGACUUGAUGGUAAGGGGAGAGAGAUUGAAAUAUAUUUAAGCUGUAAUGAUAUGCUUGCCACUUGGAUUUUAUAGCUGUCAUAAUUCCAAUUAAAACAUUCACAUAAGAAGACUGAAAUAAAAGUACUGUACAGUUUUUAACGGGCGAUUGCUGACGCCAGCUUUUGUGAAAGUGCGUGAAUAAAUUGUGCAUUCUUGUAAUAUAAUUAAAGAGACAUUUAUACUGA